AUGCGUGGCAACACCGGAACGCCCUCAAAGCUCCUCUUUUUAUCUCUGAGUGCGUCGGGUCUCCUGGCGGCGCCCUCCCACACGCCGUCCACGCCGCACCUGCAGCAUUUGCAUCUUAACCACUUUACGGCGGCUGAGUCGGAGGCGACAGACGCGGCGUGUUAUGACAGCACCAUUUUUCAUCAUUCCACAUCCUGGUCCAGAGUCGGACUGUGGCCCUCAGACUACAGCGUCUCUGGUGUCCUCUCCUGUCCACUUCUGUCCACUCCUGUCCACUCCUGUCCUCUCCUGUCCUCACCUGUCCUCUCCUGUCCUCUCCUGUCCACUCCUGUCCACUCCUCUCCUGUCCUCUCCUGUCCUCUCCUGUCCUCUCCUCUCCUGUCCUCUCCUGUCCACUCCUGUCCACUCCUGUCCUCCCCUGUCCUCUCCUCUCCUGUCCACUCCUCUCCUGUCCACUCCUGUCCUGUCCACUCCUGUCCACUCCUGUCCUGUCCACUCCUGUCCUCUCCUGUCCACUCCUCUCCUGUCCACUCCUGUCCACUCCUGUCCUCUCCUGUCCACUCCUGUCCACUCCUGUCCUGUCCUCUCCUGUCCAACUCCUGUCCUCUCCUGUCCACUCCUGCACUGUCCUCUCCUGUCCUCUCCUGUCCAACUCCUGUCCUCUCCUGUCCACUCCUGCACUGCCUCACUGUCCUCUCCUGUCCACUCCUGUCCACUCCUGUCCUCUCCUGUCCUCUCCUGUCCUCGUCCUCUCCUGUCCUCUCCUGUCCUCUCCUGUCCUCUCUGUCCUCUCCUGUCCACUCCUGUCCUCUCCUGUCCUCUCCUGUCCACUCCUGUCCUCUCCUGUCCACUUCUGUCCUCUCCUGUCCAACUCCUGUCCUCUCCUGUCCACUCCUGCACUGUCCUUUCCUGUCCACUCCUGUCCACUCCUGUCCUCUCCUGUCCACUCCUGUCCUCUCCUGUCCACUCCUGUUCUCUCCUCUCCUCUCCUCUCCUGUCCUCUCCUGUCCUCCUGUCCUCUCCUGUUCUCUCCUCUCCUCUCCUGUCCUCUCCUCUCCUCUCCUGUCCUCUCCUGUUCUCUCCUCUCCUCUCCUGUCCUCUCCUGUCCUCUCCUCUCCUGUCCUGUCCUCUCCUGUCCACUCCUGUCCUCUCCUGUCCACUCCUGUCCUCUCCUGUUCUCUCCUCUCCUGUCCUCUCCUCUCCUCUCCUCUCCUGUCCACACCUGUCCUCUCCUGUCCACUCCUGUCCUCUCCUCUCCUGUCCACUCCUCUCCUUCAGAGGUUUGUUUGCAGAGGAUAUGCAGCAGGAGAGGACUCCUGUCCUCUCCUGUCCACUUCUGUCCUCUCCUGUCCAACUCCUGUCCUCUCCUGUCCACUCCUGCACUGUCCUUUCCUGUCCACUCCUGUCCACUCCUGUCCUCUCCUGUCCACUCCUGUCCUCUCCUGUCCACUCCUGUUCUCUCCUCUCCUCUCCUGUCCUCUCCUGUCCUCUCCUGUCCUCUCCUGUCCUCUCCAUCUGUCCUCUCCUGUCCUCUCCUCUCCUGUCUCCCUGUCCUCUCCUGUCCUCUCCUGUCCUCUCCUGUCCUCUCCUGUCCUCUCCUGUCCUCUCCUGUCCUCUCCUGUCCUCUCCUGUCCUCUCCUGUCCUCUCCUCUCCUGUCCUGUCCUCUCCUCCUCCUGUCCUCUCCUGUCCCCUCCUCCUCUGUCCUCUCCCUGUCCCUCCCUGUCCUCUCCCUGUCCUCUCCCUGUCCUGUCCCUGUCCCUCUCCUGUCCUCUCCCUGUCCUCUCCCUGUCCUCUCCCUGUCCCCUCCCUGUCCUCUCCUGUCCCCUCCCUGUCCUCUCCUGUCCUCUCCCUGUCCCCUCCCUGUCUCUGUCCUCCCCUGUCCUCCCUGUCCUCUCCCUGUCCCUCCCUGUCCCUCCUGUCCUCUCCUGUCCCCUCCUGUCCUCUCCUGUCCUCUCCCUGUCCUCUCCCUGUCCCCUCCUGUCCCCUCCUGUCCUCUCCCUGUCCACUCCCUGUCCCUCCUGUCCUCUCCCUGUCCUCUCCUGUCCUCUCCCUGUCCCCUCCCUGUCCUCUCCCUGUCCUCCCUCCCUGUCCCCUCCUGUCCUCUCCCUGUCCCCUCCCUGUCCCCUCCCUGUCCUCUCCCUGUCCUCUCCUGUCCUCUCCCUGUCCUCUCCCUGUCCUCUCCCUGUCCCCCCCUGUCCUCCUCCCUGUCCUCUCCCUGUCCCCUCCUGUCCUCUCCCUGUCCUCUCCCUGUCCUCUCCCUGUCCCCUCCUGUCCUCUCCCUCUCCCUGUCCCUCCUGUCCUCUCCUGUCCUCUCCCUGUCCCCUCCCUGUCCUCUCCCUGUCCUCUCCCUGUCCUCCUGUCCUGUCCUCUCCCUGUCCUCCCCUGUCCCUCCCUGUCCCUCCCUGUCCUCUCCUGUCCCCUCCCUGUCCUCUCCCUGUCCCUGUCCUCGUCUCCCUGUCCCCUCCCUGUCCCCUCCCUGUCCCCUCCCUGUCCCUCCUGUCCCCUCCCUGUCCUCUCCCUGUCCUCUCCCUGUCCUCUCCCUGUCCUCUCCCUGUCCUCUCCCUGUCCUCUCCUGUCCUCCCUCCUGUCCCUCCCUGUCCUCUCCCUGUCCCCCCUCCUGUCCCCUCCUGUCCUCUCCCUGUCCCCUCCCUGUCCUCUCCUGUCCCUCCCUGUCCUCUCCCUGUCCCCUCUCCCUCUGUCCUCUCCCUGUCCUCCCUGUCCCUCCCUGUCCCUCUCCUGUCCCUGUCCUCUCCCUGUCCCCUCCCUGUCCCCCUGUCCUCCUGUCCCUCCCUGUCCCCUCCCUGUCCCCUCCUGUCCUCCCUGUCCCCUCCCUGUCCUCUCCCUGUCCCUCCUGUCCCUCCUGUCCCUCCCUGUCCUCUGUCCCCUCCCUGUCCUCUCCCUGUCCCUCCCUGUCCCUCCCUGUCCCCUCCCUGUCCUCUCCCUGUCCCUCCCUGUCCUCUCCCUGUCCCUCCCUGUCCUCUCCCUGUCCCUCCCUGUCCUCUCCCUGUCCUCUCCCUGUCCCCUCCCUGUCCUCUCCCUGUCCUCUCCCUGUCCCCUCCCUGUCCUCUCCCUGUCCCCUCCCUGUCCUCUCCCUGUCCCCUCCCUGUCCUCGUCCUCCUGUCCCCUCCCUGUCCUCUCCCUGUCCCUCCCUGUCCCUCCCUGUCCCUCCCUGUCCUCCUGUCCUCCUGUCCCUCCCUGUCCUCUCCCUGUCCCUCCCUGUCCUCUCCCUGUCCUCUCCCUGUCCUCUCCCUGUCCUCUCCCUGUCCUCUCCCUGUCCUCUCCCUGUCCUCUCCCUGUCCCCUCCCUGUCCCUCUCCCUGUCCUCUCCCUGUCCCCUCCCUGUCCCCUCCCUGUCCUCCUCCCUGUCCCUCCCUGUCCCCCCUGUCCCUCCCUGUCCCUCCCUGUCCCUCCCUGUCCCUCCCUGUCCUCUCCCUGUCCCCCCCUCCCUGUCCCCUCCCUGUCCUCUCCCUCCUGUCCCCUCCCUGUCCCUCCCUGUCCUCUCCCUGUCCUCUCCCUGUCCCCUCCCUGUCCUCUCCCUGUCCCUCCCUGUCCCUCUCCUGUCCUCUCCCUGUCCCCUCCCUGUCCUCUCCCUGUCCUCUCCCUGUCCUCUCCCUGUCCCUCCCUGUCCUCUCCCUGUCCUCUCCCUGUCCUCUCCCUGUCCCCUCCCUGUCCCCUCCCUGUCCCCUCCCUGUCCUCUCCCUGUCCCCUCCCUGUCCCCUCCCUGUCCUCUCCCUGUCCUCUCCCUGUCCCUCCCUGUCCCCUCCCUGUCCUCUCCCUGUCCUCUCCCUGUCCCUCCCUGUCCUCUCCCUGUCCCCUCCCUGUCCCCUCCCUGUCCCCUCCCUGUCCCCUCCCUGUCCCUCCCUGUCCCCUCCCUGUCCCUCCUCCCUGUCCUCUCCCUGUCCUCUCCCUGUCCUCUCCCUGUCCCUUCCUCCCUGUCCCCUCCCUGUCCUCUCCCUGUCCCCUCCCUGUCCCCUCCCUGUCCCCUCCCUGUCCCCUCCCUGUCCUCUCCCUGUCCCCUCCCUGUCCUCUCCCUGUCCCCUCCCUGUCCUCUCCCUGUCCCCUCCCUGUCCCCUCCCUCCCUGUCCUCUCCCUGUCCCCUCCCUGUCCUCUCCCUGUCCCCUCCCUGUCCCCUCCCUGUCCCCUCCCUGUCCUCUCCCUGUCCCCUCCCUGUCCUCUCCCUGUCCCCUCCCUGUCCCCUCCCUGUCCUCCCCUGUCCUCCCCUGUCCCCUCCCUGUCCCCUCCCUGUCCUCUCCCUGUCCCCUCCCUGUCCCCUCCCUGUCCUCUCCCUGUCCCCUCCCUGUCCCCUCCCUGUCCCCUCCCUGUCCCCUCCCAUCCGCCCUGUCCCCCCCCUCCCUGUCCCCUCCCUGUCCCCUCCCCAUGUCCCCCCCUGUCCCCUCCCUGUCCCUCCCUGUCCCCUCCCUCCCUGUCCCCUCCCUGUCCUCUCCCUGUCCUCUCCCUGUCCCCUGUCCCCUCCCUGUCCUCUCCCUGUCCCCUCCCUGUCCUCUCCCUGUCCUCUCCCUGUCCUCUCCCUGUCCCCUCCCUGUCCCCUCCCUGUCCUCUCCCUGUCCCCUCCCUGUCCCCUCCCUGUCCUCUCCCUGUCCUCUCCCUGUCCUCUCCCUGUCCCCUCCCUGUCCCCUCCCUGUCCCCUCCCCAUCCGCCCCUGUCCCCUCCCUGUCCCCUCCCUGUCCCUCCCCAUCCGCCCUGUCCCCUCCCUGUCCUCUCCCUGUCCCCUCCCUGUCCCCUCCCUCCUGUCCUCUCCCUGUCCCCUCCCUGUCCCCUCCCUGUCCUCUCCCUGUCCCCUCCCUGUCCUCUCCCUGUCCUCUCCCUGUCCCCUCCCUGUCCCCUCCCUGUCCUCUCCCUGUCCCCUCCCUGUCCCCUCCCUGUCCUCUCCCUGUCCUCUCCCUGUCCCCUCCCUGUCCUCUCCCUGUCCUCUCCUGUCCCUCCUGUCCCUGUCCUCUCCCUGUCCCUCCCUGUCCCUCCCUGUCCUCUCCCUGUCCCUCCCUGUCCUCUCCCUGUCCUCUCCCUGUUCCCUCCCUGUCCUCUCCCUGUCCUCUCCCUGUCCCCUCCCUGUCCUCUCCCUGUCCUCUCCCUGUCCCCUCCCUGUCCCCUCCCUGUCCUCUCCCUGUCCCCUCCCUGUCCUCUCCCUGUCCUCUCCCUGUCCCCUCCCUGUCCCCUCCCUGUCCUCUCCCUGUCCCCUCCCUGUCCCCCUCCCUGUCCUCUCCCUGUCCUCUCCCUGUCCCCUCCCUGUCCCCUCCCUGUCCCCUCCCUGUCCUCUCCCUGUCCCCUCCCUGUCCCCUCCCUGUCCUCUCCCUGUCCUCUCCCUGUCCUCUCCCUGUCCCCCUCCCUGUCCUCUCCCUGUCCUCUCCCUGUCCCCUCCCUGUCCCCUCCCUGUCCUCUCCCUGUCCCCUCCCUGUCCUCUCCCUGUCCUCUCCCUGUCCCCUCCCUGUCCCCUCCCUGUCCUCUCCCUGUCCCCUCCCUGUCCCCUCCCUGUCCUCUCCCUGUCCUCUCCCUGUCCCCUCCCUGUCCUCUCCCUGUCCUCUCCCUGUCCCCUCCCUGUCCUCUCCCUGUCCUCUCCCUGUCCCCUCCCUGUCCCCUCCCUGUCCUCUCCCUGUCCUCUCCCUGUCCCCUCCCUGUCCCCUCCCUGUCCUCUCCCUGUCCCCUCCCUGUCCUCUCCCUGUCCUCUCCCUGUCCCCUCCCUGUCCCCUCCCUGUCCUCUCCCUGUCCCCUCCCUGUCCCCUCCCUGUCCUCUCCCUGUCCUCUCCCUGUCCCCUCCCUGUCCUCUCCCUGUCCCCUCCCUGUCCUCUCCCUGUCCCCUCCCUGUCCCCUCCCUGUCCUCUCCCUGUCCUCUCCCUGUCCUCUCCCUGUCCUCUCCCUGUCCUCUCCCUGUCCCCUCCCUGUCCUCUCCCUGUCCUCUCCCUGUCCUCUCCCUGUCCCCUCCCUGUCCUCUCCCUGUCCUCUCCCUGUCCCCUCCCUGUCCUCUCAUGCAGAGCAGGCUUGUUGCAGGGCAGGGCAAUCUGA